UUGGUUCAUUUUAGUAGUGAAUUCUGCUGUUGCCUUGGCAUGGUCGAGUAAUAACCAGGUUUGCCAACGCUGGGGCAGGUUUGAUUUACUGGGCUUGGAGAAGGAUGGAGAUAUUAUAUUGGGUGGAAUUUUUGGGAUGCAUUCUUACCGCGUUGACCAUCGCCAUCUCUCGUUUAGCAGUCUUCCAGAACCGUCAAAAUGCCUCAGCUUUCGGUUUAGAGCUUUCCGUUACGCACUGGCGAUGAUUUUUGCAAUUGAGGAGAUAAAUAAUGAUACAGCCCUCCUUCCCAGUGUCACAUUGGGAUACCGCCUAUACGAUUCUUGCGCGUUGACCCAGUUAUCACUAAAAGCGGCUAUGGCAUUUCUGAACAAACCCGAGGAAAGCACAUCCUUGGUUAACUGUAAAAGCUCCUCAAUUGUUUCGGCGAUUGUUGCUGAUUCUGGAUCCACGAGAUCUUUAGCAAUAGCACCUUCCAUCGGUGCCUUCAGAAUUCCUAUGGUUAGCUACUUUUCUACCUGUGUGUGCCUGAGCAAUAGAAAAGAUUAUCCAUCAUUUUUCAGAACAAUACCGAGUGAUUACUAUCAGGCUCGAGCAUUAGCCCAGCUGGUGAAACAUUUCAGAUGGACCUGGAUCGGGACAGUUAAGAGUGACGAUGAUUAUGGAAACUUUGGAAUGCAAGCAUUUGAAGAAGCAGUCCAACAAUUAGGCGUUUGUAUAGCUUUUUCCGAGUCAUUUCAUAUUACACAUGCUCCAGAGAAAUUACUCAAAACAAUUGACACCAUAAAGACUUCCACGACAAAAGUUGUUGUUGUCUUUGCGGGAAAAUCAAACAUGGCUGCUCUUCUAAAGGAAAUGCUAAGACAAAAUGUCAGCGGCAUACAAUGGAUUGGAACUGAAGCGUGGGUUUCUGCAUUGCUUCUUCCUCCAGAGGAAAGUAAAAAGAUUGCUUCUGGUACAAUUGGAGUUGCAAUUCGCAAAGUCAGCAUUCCAGGGUUGAGGGAAUUCCUCAUGAAAGUUCAUCCAACCUUAUAUCCAGGCAACCAUUUGGUGAAAGCUUUUUGGGAAAGUUGUUUUGGCUGCACUCUAAGUGGUGAAAACAAAACAGAUUCUCGAAAAACUGAAUUGGAGCUGAAGGAAUGCACAGGGAGAGAAAAUCUACAGAAUGUCCAGAACGAAUUUACUGAUGUGUUGCAAUACAGAGUCACUUACAAUGUGUACAAAGCAACUUAUGCUAUAGCUCAUGCACUGCACAAUAUGCUGUCAUGUAAAACCGGGGAAGGACCUUUCUCCAACGGAAGUUGUGCAAAUGUUUCAAAUUUUCAACCAUGGCAGUUGCUACAUUAUAUGAGAACAGUGAAGUUCAUAACCAAGAUUGGCGAAAAGGUUUAUUUUGACGAAAACGGUGAUCCUGUCCCGACAUAUGACAUUGUAAACUGGCAGCCAAAUGCCCUCGGUGGCAUUGAUAUUGUAAAUGUUGGGCUGUAUGACGGAUCAGCUCGCACUGGGGAAGAAUUUUCGAUAACAGAAGGGGCAAUUGUUUGGAAUGGAGAGCAGAAGUCGGUUCCUCAAGCUGUUUGCUCUGAAAGUUGCCAUCAAGGAACAAGGAAAGCAAGUAGAAAAGGACAACCCAUUUGCUGUUUUGAUUGCAUACCAUGUGCACAAGGAGAAAUUAGUAACACAACUGAUUCUGUUCAUUGCAUAAGAUGUCCAGUGGAAUUCAAAUCUAAUGAGAGACGGGAUCAGUGUGUUCCAAAGGAUAUCGUGUUUCUUUCCUUUUUUGAGACAUUGGGAAUAAUUUUGGUGACACUGGCGAUGUUUGGAGCCUGCAACACUGUUGGUGUAUUCGCAAUAUUCUACGCCUAUAGACACACUCCGAUUGUUAAAGCUAAUAAUUCUGAGUUAAGCUUCCUUCUUCUUUUUGCCCUCACUCUUUGCUUUCUGUGUUCAAUUACAUUCAUUGGUGAACCUUCAGUUUGGUCUUGUAUGCUCAGCCACGUGGCGUUUGGUAUUAGUUUUGUUCUUUGCAUAUCUUGUGUAUUGAGUAAAACGAUUGUCGUGGUGAUGGCAUUCAAAGCAACGUUUCCGAACAAUAAUAUGAUGAAGUGGUUUGGACCAAAACAACAACGGCUGAUGGUUUACAUCCUUACCCUGGUACAAUGUGCAAUAUGUUCUACCUGGUUAAUUGCAUUUCCACCUUAUCCUUUGAAAAACACGGCUCACUCCAAUGAGAUAAUUGUCUUUGAAUGCAAUGUAGGAUCUUUGUUAGCCUUCUAUUGUGUCCUCGGUUAUAUUGGAUUUCUGUCUUGUGUGUGUUUUGUGGCAGCUUUUCUAGCUCGGAAACUUCCAGAUAAUUUCAAUGAAGCUAAACACAUAACGUUUAGUAUGCUUAUCUUUUGUGCAGUUUGGGUAACUUUCAUUCCAGCUUACAUAAGUUCACCGGGGAAAUAUGCUGUGGUAGUUGAAGUAUUUGCUAUUUUGGCCUCCAGCUUUGGCCUACUUAUUUGCAUUUUUGCCCCAAAAUGUUAUAUUAUUCUUCUGAAAAAAGAAAACAAUUCAAAAAGGACCAUAAUGGGCUCAGUAUCUUACAAAAAGAGUUUUGAAAAUGUUCAUAAAUGAGGCCUGGAUAUUUCAGUAGAUGAUGGUUUUGUCCUAAAGAUAGCAAAUGGGAAUUCCAUGUGGAACUUGCCUCUGACAAAGGGUCCCGGGCACUGACUUUAUUGCAGCCAGACACAUUGGCAACUUGAAAUCACAAUCUGUCUCGUUAACAAUUUGAAAUCACCUCCUGCCGCAGUCACUUCAUGAACGAUCGAUACUAUAUCCUGGUCUUUUAUGUUCUUGAUGUAAUAAUUGUUUUGUAGCCUGUCUUUGUCUAUUGUAAUAAUUGUUUCAUGUAUCAUGUCAUUGUGAUAUGCGAAAUUGUUUUCUAUAUUAUGUACUUAGUAAAGUAUAAAA